GAUAAUAAUGACGAAAUUAAAACAGGCUAGCGUCUUGCAAAUGCAAUUUCGAUCUGUUCAUAGAGAAGAUAACUAUUUCACGAGGGUAAUUCUUUUAACAUGCGUAGCCAUAGCUGUGUUAUGUGCUCAAGAGGAGAGCAAUGCAACCAAAUAAUGCUUGUCCGGCCCAUUAUCAGCUUGUCAAGUCUCUAGAGUCUACAGAACUCGGGGGCGAAAUGGGGCUGUAUCUUUGUCCACGUAUUUCCUAUUAGCUCAGUGGAUAAAUUGGGAAACGUCAUGUGGCAAAGAUUAGCCACUGCUGACGCUUAAAUAAAAUUUCUUGAGAAGCCAGCCUUUGCUCAACUGCUCAAGUGGUGGCAUGGCUUCUCUUCUAUCUCCAACUGCUUUGGCAAUUCAACAGUAUCCUAAAAUUCUUUGCUUCUCAGCUUUCAAGCCCACUCUUACGUUCCACCAUAAUAUGCAUUCUUUCACCAACCGCUUCAAGCAUAACCCAGGAAGGUGCAGUGCAUUUUUUGGCAACAUCCCAGAUGAUCUAAUAUAUGGAUCUCUCCAUCUGGACCAGUUCCCUAUCUUUGAAUCUGGGUUGGUCCAGUUCCGGAGAAUUACCGACGAUUUAUCAGAGUUUCAGAAAUGGGGAUUAUUGGUUUUUGCUGGGCUUGUAUGGAUUUACUUAACUGCAAGGCCUGGUGUUCUAAUUGGUGCCAUUGAUGCGUACAUUCUGGCUCCUCUGCAACUGGGUCUGGACAGCUUGAGAGGAAGACGGCGCUUGAAGAGUACUGAUUUUGUGAUUGGAAAUAAACUGGGAGAAGGCUCUUUCGGCGUUGUUUACUCUGGGGCAAUUAUUCCUAAAAUUGGGACUUUGGAAGAGAGGACGCAAAAGAGAGGAAGAGGAGCAUCACUGGAGUUGGAUGGAAGAUACAAAGAGAAAGUUAUCCUUAAAAAGGUGAAGGUUGGAAUCCAAGGGGCUGAAGAAUUUGGUGAAGUUGAGGAGUGGUUUAAUUAUAGGAUGUCAAGAGCAGCUCCUGAAACAUGUGCUGAGUUCCUUGGUAGUUUUGUUGCUGACGAAACGAAUUCACAAUUUACACAGGGUGUCAAAUGGCUUGUUUGGAAAUUUGAGGGAGAUCGAAAUCUUGCUGAUUAUAUGAAAGAUCGCAACUUCCCUUUUAACUUGGAGUCUGUCAUGUUUGGACGUGUCCUGGAAGGGUUAGAUUCUGUUAAACGUAAUGCACUGAUCAUCAAGCAAAUAAUGCGCCAGAUUAUUACUUCACUUAAAAAAAUCCAUGAUACCGGAAUUGUCCAUCGGGAUGUAAAGCCAGCCAACUUAGUGGUGACAAGGAAAGGACAGAUCAAGCUCAUAGAUUUUGGGGCUGCCACUGACCUUCGAAUAGGCAAGAACUAUGUACCCAAUCGCGCUCUGCUCGAUCCUGACUAUUGUCCACCUGAACUAUAUGUACUUCCAGAGGAGACACCAAGUCCUCCACCGGAGCCCAUUGCUGCCUUGCUUUCUCCAAUACUUUGGCAGCUGAACAGUCCUGAUCUAUUUGACAUGUAUUCUGCUGGAGUUGUACUCUUACAAAUGGCAAUACCAACCUUAAGGUCCAUUGGAGGCUUAAAGAAUUUUAACGCAGAGAUAAAAAAGUUUGAAUAUGACUUGAAUAGAUGGAGAAACUACACUCGAUUGAGGCCUGACUUAACAAUACUUGACCUCGAUUCAGGUAGAGGGUGGGAUCUAGCUACGAAAUUGAUCUCAGAGAGAGGUAGCCUUAUGAGAGGCCGUUUAUCAGCAGCUGCUACUCUGAGGCAUCCUUAUUUCUUGUUGGGUGGUGACCAGGCAGCUGCAGUACUUUCAAAGUUUAGCUUAACCAAAUAGUGAUCUGUAACUGGAUAUUAAUCUCAUUAUGCUGAGGUCUGCACUUGAUUCUGUUUUUCUCUAUACUCAGAGAACAGAAACCUCCCAGAAUUUUCAUCUUAAAUGAUUCGAGUUAUGAGAUAAAACAACAGCGUCCUGUUUGAUUGAAUGACAAGAAUGUGGAAGCAGAUACCUGAUGUGAAGGACGUUAUGAGCAUUGCUGUUUUUGCUGGGCACUGGCUGAGGUACUUGAAAAAUUAUCAUUUGCAGAGAGCCCAUCUUGGGCUUUUGGAAACGAGGAGAACAGGUCGUGCUUUUUUGAUUAGUUACUGUUAUGUAUGGGAGGAAUGGGAUACAACCUUCUUUGAUAAUGUAAAAUCUUUUUCUUUACUCUUUCAGUGGAAUCUAGCAUUUGUGCUUGAGUAACAAGAUGAAAUGGGAUUAAAAUCUAUGUUCUGAUUUUCCUUUUUAACAGAGAGCUCUGUAUUUUUUAGACAUCUAUGAUGUAUAAUAACCACAUUUUAAUCUCAAACUAAUUGGGAUUGUCUACAUAAAUCAUGUUUUAUCAUUUA